GAAAAGGCUUCAAUGGUGGUUACUGCGUUGCCAGUGGCAACACCCACAAUGCCAGAAGUGAUAGAAAGCAAAGAAGAGGGAGAAAGAAGAGGGCAGGGCAGUUUAGAAAUCCCUAGAACAGUUUCAGGGAGUGAAAAGGAAGCGAGAGCACCGGGAAGCGUGGAAGAGAGCCUCCGCUCUGCAGAUGAGGAGGAGAGCGGUGAAACCCUGGACGCCCCCCCUCAGCUCUCGUUAAUCUGCUCACGAGGAAAAAGCACAGUUGCAUUCUCAGCUGAGGAGGGACAGGCUGCAUGUGUGGAAAGCUGCAGCAGCAGUAUACCACGCAGCAGAGGGACCGGCGAGGAGAGCGUCCGCACUCCACACACUGAGAUCUCACCGGCUGACGCAGAAAAGGAACCACAGCGAGGAGAAGCCUCCUUCAAUGCUACUCCCUCUGGGCUCUUUACUUCUCCUGAUUGCCAGGAUCACAGUGCUGCAGGAUUGGGAGGAGGAGGAAAAGAGGAGGUGGGAAAGGAAGGACGGCUGGCUUGGGAGCACAGUUCAUUCAGUCAACCAGAAGUCUCUGUGUCAUCAGGCGACACAGAAGCACGCCCACCCGCCGACUUUGCCGAGUCACGGCUGAAUUCACAGCCCAUCGCUGCCGUCACUGACCGCAUCUUUCAUCCUGACCAGGAACAGUGUGGCGUGGCGACUCCACCUCCUGCUGCUCUCAACCAACAGAGCUCCAGCGAUGCAAGAGGAGCGAUACAGGCUUAUUUCCCACCGACAGAUCUGUCAGAGGAACCGUUGCUUCCGGGGAACGCUGAUGAGGAGUCGUCCAUCACGGAGACAAACUGCAACCAGGUCUUCCGACCUUCCGUCUCACCCCAGCCUUUAACUGCGUCCCAGCAACACGUUAGCAGCAUCCAGCAGCAAAGCAGCGGAGAAGGAUCCAAAAGUGCAGCAGAAUUUGGAGACGUUGCCAUGUCUGAAGUUUGUGUUAUUCCACGCGGGAGCAGAGAAGGUAACCUCAGAGUUCACUUUGAGGACAAUAUAAAAGGGGGUUCCUCUUUGGAUUUUGAAAACGUGCCAGUUUCUGCUUUGGAUUGUGCCUCUUUGCCUCCACUGACUGUUCAUGAGAGUUUGCACUAUCCUAUUACUGAAACCAGCUACAUCUACCCAGACUACCUUAGCCUGAAGAAACCAGAAAUCUCUAAUAAUCCGUCUGAGAAUGAAGCAGCAAGGUGCAGCCCUGCUGGUCAUCAGGAGACGCAGAAGGAUGAGUGCUUUGAUGCAGGACAUGAGGAAACUGAUAAGACUGAGAGAAACAUAGAUCUCUCAGAUUAUAGCAGCCUUGAUACGAGCUCUGUGGAUGUGCAGUCGGCGACUAAAACAAGUUCAGAGCAGGUUUUAUGUGAGAAAAAUCAGGAAGAUGUUUCCACCAAACCUGUUCAUUUGGAUGCUGAACCUGACGUUAUCAACGACGUACCUCUGGAUGUUAUUCCAAAAGAGGAAGAAGCGAACCAGGAUCCAUUCGUGCCCCCAGAGGGUGAUGUUACCAGCACACCUGAGGUUCUGGAUGCAAAUCUUGAUCUUAUCUUAAAACCAGCUUCCACAGACUCUCCAGAUCAGCCUCCCAGCCAAUCAGAAGAAAAGCCUCCCAGUGAUGUGGUCAGUGUGGAUGUUGUGAGGCCCUCUGAAGAGCCAAAGUCCAUAACUGACCCUUCUGAUGAAACAAAAGAGGAGACAAAGACAGCAUCUGCUCUCACGGUGCACAGCCCCAGCCCAAUGUUGAGUCAUUCUGAGUUUAUUACUGGCAGUGAUAUGUCCCUCCCUGGCCAUGCAGAUAGCUGCAGUGCUGAUGGAGUCUGCACCAGUGUCUUCAGAGAGCUGGAGAGCAAUGAAAACCGUGAAAUGAUGCAGAGGUUUUCAGAGCAGGAUCUGGAAGAUUGUAAUGUCAGCGUUGAUGAAGAGAUUUGCCUGGGACCGGAGAGCAGAGACAAAACUUUGAGAUCUGUUGAUAAACUUGAGAAUUUUGUUACCAAUAAUGGAAAUAUUUAUUCUUCACAAGAGGAAAAUGUUCCUCACGUAGCUCGGUCUGCUGGUUCAGCUGGACUGUUGUCAAAGGAUGAAUGUGAAAAAGGUUUUUUUCCAGACUCUACUGGAGAAAAACUUAACACAUCCACAGGGAACGACCUGGAAAAUGUCACCUGCUCCAUCGAUUGUCCUCUGCCUGUUAAAGAUCAAACAGCCGGUGAGGUCAAAGAUGACAACAUGGAGGAGGAAAACAAAAUGAGACAUCAGGAGCAAAUUAAAGAACAUGGUAUGAGUAAUCAGCAGGAAGCAGAAGACAAAAGCAAGCCGCAGACAGGAAAGACCCACUCAGCAUUACAGCACGCCACAGAUAAUAAAGUUGUUGUGGAAGCUGGAGCUUUUCCAAUUAAUAAAGUGGACUCUCCAUUAACAAACAUAUCUACAGAAGGAGAAAGCACCAAGACAGAGGAAACCUUCCCAUCUCCCAUCAGAACAAGGCCAUCUGAGAAAAUGCUUCCAGCCGAGUUAGAGCCCAGCAGUGGAUCUGAAGAGGUUUUGAACCAACCUCUGACACCAGUGAUGGACCACAGCUUUGACAAAGGACUAGAUCUUGUUCAAUCACUGUCCUCGCAGGAUCAGAACAGUUUAAUUCAACCACAGGAGGAGGAGCAGCAAAAACAGUCCUCUGAGAAACUGUCAGGUGACCUUGAAGAAAAACCAGUCAGACAAAACAUAAUUCUGAGGGGGGAAGAUGACAAAAAAGAACUGGAAUCUGUGGAGUUUUUGUGUCCGUCAGAUAUCAUGGAUGAGUUCUCAGCUGAUGACAGCAGUAAUGAAGUAAAGAUGAGUUUAAAGGAGGGCAGCAGAGGACAAGAUUUAUCAGGAGUAGAAGAGUCUGAAGUGCCUUCUCAUCCUCUUAUGGAAAUAGAAGACAAAAGUGCUGCUGAGGGAAAAACCUCAGUUGAAACGGGGAUAGUCGAGGAUAACUCAAUAAUCGGUGGAGAAAGUCACUUGAUAGAUGAAGAUAAAGAUGCUGGUGAUGCACAAACCCAUUUAAUAUCAGACACGGAGAUUAUGAGGGAUCAGGGUGCUAAAGGUCAACAAACUGCAAGUCUAAACAUCUCCAAAGAACCUGAAACCUCAAAGAAUCCGGUUGAGUUUGCUUCACUCCAGCUUGAACCUUCACUCAUGCAAAGCUCUGCUUUAUCAGAGGUCACCCCAGAUGACCACAAGGAGCUGGAAAACCAUUCUGAAGAAGCUCAUACUCAAAUUAUUAGCUCUGUGAAGGAUUUGGCUGAUGAGCCAGAAACUGACAGAAGAGAUGUCGGUUUUUCCACAGCUGAGACAUUUGAGAGCGGUGAAAUCAAAGAUGCAACGUGCAAUCUUCUGGAACAAAAACGCUUCAAAAUGAUUGUAAAAGAGGAGCCAGAUGUCGAGAAGAUCCCAGAAGACCAGCCAGCUUCUGUGGAAGAUAGUCAGUGUGGAAAUGACCAGGUGCCAGCGGGCUGGUCAAAAAGUGUCAGCGGCGUGUCAGAUGGAGAGGUUGCUGGUGCUUUUGUGGCUUCAUCCAUCGAUUCAUCAAACACCCUUGCACCCCUCAAAGAGAAACCACCGUCGUCAAAGUCCCAGGAUGGUGUCACGGUAACCUCUGCUGAAUGCAGUCCACAAGAACCUGCUCCUGCCUCCAGCUCUCAAGCUGAGAAAGAUUCAGUGAAAGCAGAAGGUGUUGACGUGUCAGAGAGCAUCACUUCUGAGAAGGAACCACAGAGGAACUGGAUAGAAGAGCUGAAAGAAGCUGCAUCUCUCUGUCACAUGGAGCAAGAGAACACGGUAGAGGAUUUGAGGCCUCUCCCAUCUCUGGACUCUCCUCAGCUAACUUUUUUAACUCCCUCGGAGGUAAAGGACGGUCUUCUGAGGGAAGAAGAGAUCCCACCACAGGAUCAGGCAGCAGAGGAGACGCCAGAAAAUUCUGAAUCUCUGAAUCUAUUAAACAGGCCGGUGGACCUCCCAGAGUCUUUGGAAAACACAGUAGAUCUCCCACAGCAAACUGCAGUACAGAGCUCAGAGCUCCUAGAAGAAGCAACAGAACAAAGCAAGCCGUCAGAACCAACCAAAAGUGAAGUUCCUCCAGAGAAGCUUCAAGGAUCUGAAUGGAGACCGUCCGAAGCAGCAGACGAUCGGGCUGAGGUCAUAAUUCCAACUGAAACGGUGAAAAGGAUCCCAACAGAUCAGGAAGAAGUAUUGCAUGAAAAGACACCAAAGUUUGAAGAUCAAGAAAAGAACCAACCAGAAGAACCAGAGGAUGUCUCACCUCCUGAGCUGGUAGAAACUGCUGAGGAAGCUCUUGAGCUACAACACGGGGGAUCCCCCCUUGCUGAGCAGGCGGACGGAGGUCACCCUGAACCUCCUACUCCGCAGCCCUGCCUGUCUGCCUUCCCCACCCACCUCCAAGACGCCACAGAGCCCUUUACUCUUCUCCCUUGUGAAGCUCUACCAACCCCACCCUCCUGCUUUCUUCCUCCUGCAACCACUCCUCCACCUUUAGCUGACCAUCCUGAGGACCUUUGCUCCUCUUCUGCUGCUCCCUGCAACAUCCUUCUAAGGAGCUCAGACUCUGAUGGUGCUUUUGAGACUCCAGAAUCCACAACUCCAGUGAAGGCCGCUUCCCCUGUCGAGCCCCAUGAAGAGAGGGUCACGUCUGAUGAUCCAGGUGAAAACACAUCAGCUGGUGACUCUACCUCAGCUACAGCUGAUCCUCGGUGCAGUUCUCCACCUACUGGUUUUGACGAGAACAAACCCAUUGCGGCUAGUGGUUCUUAUAAUAUUGACUGUUUUGCUGGAGACUCGACCAGUCACACUCUGACCCGCUCUCUGAGUCUCCAGGGUGGAGAGCUAGACAGCUCCAGUCUAGUGGAUGAAUCCGCCUUAGGAGGCUUCCGUCCACAUUCAGAGUCAUUUAGUGUUGGUACUGAUAGCGCACCAGCAACACUCCGCAGGCCCAAGAAAACCCGGCCCGGAUCGGUCAAGAAGAAGCCCUUGCUGCGGCAAAACUCCAACCCCGAGAGUCCGAGGCCGACAUCAACCAGCAGCACUCCAGAGAUCAAAAAGACAAAGUCGAGGACUGAGAGCCCUCUUCAGGCUCAAGAGGAAGCAGAAGGAGGCCCCGCAAGCCCAGGAGGAACUCUUCAAAGAGUUAGGAGGGGUCGUGUGGAAACUCCUCCUCCUCUUCUAGAGGAAACCAACGACACCAGCGCCAAGGAGAAGGUCGAUGCUUCUGCUUUACCUUUGUGCCAAGAGGAGGCCGCACUUCCCUGUAGCCUCACAGAGAAAGAGGAGUCUCCCAUCCCCCCCAGCGCUUCUUACCAAUGGGAUCCAGAAAACUUUGACAACAUUAACCCCUUCAAGACUGGGGGAAGCAAAAUUGCCAAUUCGCCUGUUCUGAAUCGGAAAGAUCCUGUUGGUUGUGUUGCUUCAAGUCAAUCGGAGAGUCCUCCCAUCCCUCCUCUUGAACCACGCCUCCCCAUUCCUCCUGCUGCUCUCGAACACCAAGUCUUAAAUCCAGAGGAGCAACCGAUCUUACCCAAGCCUCAGUCGGUGAGGCUGGAGUUCGACUACUCCGAGGAAAGCUGUGAGGCUUCACAUCAGGCCUCUCUUCCUGUUAAGAAAGUGGGCAAGAAGCCCGGUGCCAAAAUGCCUAUAAGGAAACCAAAGACUUUGUUGAAAAAGGCGCCUCCUCCACAGGAGGUGUUGGACAACAAUCCUCCCCCAACCCACAAUGGCAACAAGGAAGAAAUUCCCAUUCACAAAGGCUCUUACAACUUUGAAUCUGACAAAUGGGAAGACCCAAACUUUAACCCCUUCACCACAAAGAAAAGUAUUUCCAACUCGCCAAAAAUGUCACGGGGACCGUACAGCUUCGACCCCAACAGCCUUGAUGACUCCACCGAUCCGUUUAAGUCCUCCAGCAAGGUGGGCAGUUCUCCUCCCAAAGCGUCCGCCUCCUUCGAUGUGACAACAAACGACUACGAUAACGACAACGACAAUGACAACAUCGGGGAGCUGGACAAUCAAAACCAGAACAAACCCAUCAAGAAGAAGAAAACUCCAAUUAAAUCUAACACUUUCAGAGUGAAGAGGUCACCAAAGAAAUCCCCAUUGUCGGACACCUCUCAGGAGCCUGCAGACGAGUCUUCCUCGCUCCAUCCUCAAGACGACCACGCCACAGACGAGGAGAAGCUGGCCUCCUCCACCAGCCACAAGUGGGGACCUCUCCAUGAUGUGGACUCAGACCUGAGCUCUGAUCAACAGGACUUCCCUCAGCCGUGCGACAUCGCGUCCUUUGUGAACGAGAACCGCCUCCCUCAGGAGACUCCAGUGCAAGACUAUGAAAUUGAGUACAUGGAGAAGAUCGGUUCUGCCUCCCCACCACUAUCUACAAAAAAGCCAUCUUUGUACUUGAAAUUGGACUCUGUGUCGGACAGCUUAGCCCAAAACACGCAUGGAUCCGAGUCCAGCUCCCCCUGUACAGGGAGUUUCGAGGAGAUGGAGGCGCAGAUAUCAGCGGGAAUGAAGACACCGGUGUUGAGCUCACGGCCCGGACCCGAAGGUUCUGCUGGAGAGAAGGGCAGGAAGAGGGAAAGUGAUGCCCUUAGCCGAACACAGAGCACCGAGAGAGACGAACAGCCCCCUAGCCAAGGCCCAGUGGAGGCCCCUGCUCCAGCCCAGGCCACGCUCCUGUUAGACAGGCUGUCUGACUGUGCCGACCCCCUGCAGUACCUGGAGCCUGACCUGGCUGAGACCAACCCCGCUGCAUUCGCCCAAAAGCUACAGGAGGAGCUGGUGCUCGCUGCCCUGAGGUUAGAGGCUCUACAGGUAGCCAAAAACAUCUCUCAGUGCCCCUCCCUCUGCAAUGUAACCCCCCAGCACAGAGACUUCUCCUCUUCACUUGAGAGUGACGUACCGAAGAGCUCGCUGUACUCCAGGACCGGAACCAUCAGCUACAUUGAAGGGGAGAGUCCUCACCUGCCCAGAGAGCUGGACCAUUCAUUGGGAAUUGCUCGAGAAGAGAUUGUGACAAAGGAGAAGGAAGUGUUAGAGUGGAAGAGGAAGUAUGAAGAAAGUCGGCAGGAAGUGGUGGAAAUGAGGAGGAUUGUUGCUGAGUACGAGAAGACAAUUGCUCAGAUGAUAGGCAUGCCAGAGGACGACCAGAAAGAAAAAUCUCUGUCCCACCACACCAUCCAGCAGCUGAUCAUCGAGAAGGACCAGGCCUUGGCCGACCUCAACUCCGUGGAGAAGUCGCUUGCUGAUCUCUUCCGCCGGUAUGAGAAGAUGAAAGACAGGCUGGAGGGCUUCCGUAAGAAUGAGGAGAUUCUAAAGAAAUGUGCUCAGGAUUAUCUGUCAAGAGUUCAGAAAGAGGAGCAACGGUAUCAAGCCUUGAAGAUCCACUCAGAAGAGAAACUAGACAAGGCCAACGCAGAGAUAGCACAGGUAAAGAGCCGGGCCAAACAGGAUCAAGCAGUCUACCAGGCAAGCCUGAGGAAGGAGCAGAUGAAGGUGGACUCCCUGGAGCGCACGUUGGAGCAAAAGAACAAAGAAAUCGAGGAACUCACAAAGAUCUGCGACGAGCUGAUCGCCAAGAUGGGGAAGUGUUAGCAGCAACACAUCUGUGUCAAGACGGCUUGACGCAGAAACCUCGGAGGUUCAGCUUCCAAAUGGGUUUAUGGGAGCGACUUUGCUGUACAUUUUUGGUGUCUCUGUGCAUCGUACUGUGUCAGAGACCUGGUUCAAAGUUUUAAAAGAUUUAUCAUAUCACUAAUGAGUGUGUCUGUGUGCAAGUGUGUGUUUGGGACUGAGGGAGUGUUUGUGGGUUAAAUGAUGUGUUCUGAUGUUGCCAUGACAGCCACUGAGGGAGAAGACUGUUUACCUGCUCCUAUUGUUGUCUCCUCUGGGUCUUAGAGAAUGAUAGAUUUUGGAAAUAAUAAUAAUAAAAAAGAUUUAUUUAGAAACUGUUGUAAUGGAACACAAACUGUCACAGGUAAAAUUUUUGUUUUGCAUGUAAAAAAUAAAAAAAAUGUUAUUGUUUGUACAUAUUGUACUGUAGGAGAGUCCCAGUAUAAAAUGAAUUGUGCAUUUUUUGAUAUACUGUAGUUAUUCUGUCAUCCGCUGCCCCUCAUGUAACCAUGUAGAUAUUUGUCAUAGCUUUUUCAAUGAAAUUGUGGAACUUUAUUUUUUUGAUUUAAUUUUGAUAUAAAUCAAACUAAUGUUGUUCAGUUGUGAGCAAGAGUUGAAUUUGGAGCAAAAUGUGCUCAUCCUGCAACAACUGUCACACCCGGAAAUACUCUGCACAGCUACUGUACAGCAUCAGCUUCUGAAGUGCAAUAAAACAUGGCAAUACAGCCUGACGUUAA